CAGCAGGGAGGGUGAGCCCUCUGCCAGCCCUGGGUGCCAGGCACCCACACCCCGCUGACCAGAGCAGCACUCUGGAUUUUGGUGGUGCCUUUCACCAGAAAGCCCUGUGCCAGUCCUGAGUGGCUGGGGCUGUUUUGGGCUGCUGCCUGCCCGUGGCUGGUGAGCCCAGCUCCCCCAAGAAGGCGAGGAGCACCCCUGAGCAGCAGGAGCUGGAGCGCUGGUUGUCACCCCCUUCCCCCGAGUGGGCCAUCGUGAGGGUGAUCCCCGAGGAGGAGAUGGCCGAGCACAACCUCCUCGCCGUUCGAGUCAUGGUCACCAGCGAUGCCAGCAGCUCUGAGCUGGAGUCUGAGUUCAACGGGGACUCCUCGAACUCGGAGGCGAGCGAAGGCCAGAGCUGGCUGCCGGCGCCGCCCGCCUGCUCCAGCCCCAUCCAGAGGUGGGCAUCGCUCCUCAGGAGCCCCGUGGUGCCCGAGGAAAGCUCCAGAACAUCCAAAGUCGCUGAUGCACUCCAGAGAGCCAACAGUUUUCAGUCCACGGCGUUAAAUAAAUAUCAGAAUUGGAGGAGAAAAAUCCAAACCAGCUUUCCUCUGCUGUCAAGCAAGAAACCUGGGCUACACGGGAAGGACAGCUCAGGCAGCUGCCAGAGUGGUGCUGCAGAGGAGCACUCCCAAACACAGUUGGCCUCUUACAACAAGCCACCAGAAAUUCCAAGAGGACAUUGCAAACCCUGCAGCCCAGUAUUUCAAAGAAAAGAAAGAGCCAGGGAGAAUCCUGAAGACACACAUUGCUAUGUUCCCCACUGUCCUUUUCAGAGCAGCACCACGGGUUCUCCACAGGCCCCUCUUGGGAAUGCUGAUUUUUAUGAGCCUGAAGACACAGACAGUGACACUGGGACAUGCUCAGCCUGGGACUGGAAGGACAAAACACGAAGACACACCUCUGAACCAGAGCACUUUAACAGGAAGGCAAAAGCACUGUCAUCUCUGGAUUCGAAAGAGAAAGAUGGCAAAAAUACCAGGCACCCAGAAGAAAAGCUUGAGCAAGAAUUAAAGGAGGCAAAACAGAGGCUGGGGCUUCGUACUCAGCAGCAGCCCUUGCAUGGCUCUAACAGGUCAGAGCCAGGUGGGAGCAGUGCAGGGUGUGGAAACAGCAGAGCCCCGUGGGCUCUGAAGAAAAAGGAUGCUGGCUGGAGGGAAGAAGGGUUCAAACACUCUGCUUGUCCUGGGCCUCUCUCAUUUGCAGGUGGUGCUCCACCAGCUUCACCAGUGGACACAAAGGGUGCUCUGAGGAUUCCAGAUGUGGUUUCCAGGGAGCAUGCAACCACCCAGCCAAAGUCCCCGCUGAGGCUCAUAGCCAAUGCUAUCAAAAGGUCCAUUUGGGAGCCUCUAACCUCAGCUCCAGAAGGAUUAAAGCAGGACUUGGACAGCAAAGUCAAAGCCUCCUCAGAACAAGCCUUCUUCAGCUUCCCCAGCACUCCUGGGUAUUCCCUGAGCCAAAGGAACAGGAACAACAAUAACACUCAGUCACAGGACCCUAAAAUAACGGAGUGGGCAGGAAAAUAUGUAGGAGAUGGGAGCCCUUACGCAAAUCAAUCUCAUUCUUCUGUGGGUUCAGAAGGGACAUCUCUAAGGGAUUACAGGGAGGAGGUAUCCUUCACACCCCACAGGCCUUCCAAGACAGCCCAUGUGCCUCAGAAAUCAGCUUGCACUAGGAUGGAGGAAGUCCCAGGACUCCUAGAAAAGUUUACCUUUGAAGACAGUCCUCUAGGGACUCCCAUGGAUGAAAUAUAUAUUCAUGAGAAAAAGUCCACUCUUCUUUCAUCUCCAGAGCCCAAGGACAGUGUGAAGGACUCUGCACAGAAAGGGUCACUCUUCAAUAGACUGAGAAGCAAAGCUCAUGAAAGGGAACGGAAUUCCUUGGUGUCAUCUCUGCCUGUCAUUAAGGACCAUUCUCCAGAGAGGUUGUGUUAUCCUUUCACAGGAUAUGAACACCUACCUGUCAGAAAACAAGGUACUGAGUAUUCUACUUCAUCCUCUGAUGAGGAAUUUGAAUCCAAGCCUUCAUUAACACACAAGGCAAAAAGGGCUCUCAGAAGGAGAAGGAAGCUGGAGAAGGAGACAAAGCAGUUGAUUAAACAAGAGGAGCUGAAGAGGCUUCACAAAGCACAGGCAAUCCAGCGCCAGCUAGAAGAACUGGAGGAAAGACAAAGAACUUUGGAGAUUUUUGGUGUCAAACUGGAGAAAGAACUAAGAGGAGAAGCAGAUUCAGGCACAAAGGAUGAAAAUCAGAUGCUACAUGAAUGGUUUGAGCUGGUCAUGGAGAAGAAUAAAUUAAUGCGUUAUGAGUCUGAGCUCCUGAUUAUAGCCCAAGAGCUGGAAUUGGAGGACCACCAAAGCAGGCUGGAACAAAAGCUGAGGGAGAAAAUGGCCAUUGAUGACAGCCUUAAAGAUGAGAUGGAUCUGAACGAGGAAGAUGAAAUUUUUACGGAGAUGAUGAGAGUGGUUGAAGAAAGGGACAGACUCGUAUGUGCCUUAGAAGAGCAGAGAGUGAAAGAAAGAGCAGAAGACCAGCACUUUGAAAGCCUUAUUUUAUCUACAGGUUAUCAGCUGAGCAGGAUUUAAACAGCCACAUGCAAAUAAACAUCCUUUCAGCAGUAUUCCCUGUCACGGAGAUACACUCUUCUGGAAAAUGAAGGAAUUCAAAUUUAAAAUCAACUUAUUUGGGAAGCAGGUCAUUUUGUUAUCAAAAGCUUUAAAGCAGGUCUUUUGCUUAGACCAGAGACAGUUAUUUCACUGUCAGCUCAAAGGAUCACUGGGAUACAGAUUUGGACUGAAUGUGCCUGUCUGACAGGCACCAGGGUCUGUGAAAGGGAAAUCAGAGCUCCAUUAUUCUCUUGGAAUUUUAUUUUAAUGCUGAGAGUAGAAUUUCUGAGGAACAUGAUGACAUCAUUUAGUAUUUCUGAGACAGCCUUACUUUCCAUCUGUUUGUCUGGAUCUCUGUGUGGCUUUGUUAAUAUUUUGGCACAGCCGAGCCAUGGUCAGCUAUAGAAAAGUCAGAAAAUGAGCAUCUCAUGAAAAUAGGGUUAGUUGUUAUUUCUGGUGGAGGAAGAGUCGUUUUACUAAUAACUACAUAUAAGCACUUACUAAAACUACUGUAAAUGCAAUGUCAGAAAUUAAUUUUUCAGGUAUUUAUGAGUUUUAUUGCACUGUGUAUUUUUGAACAAGAAUUUAAAGCAAUAUUAAAUCCCUGCAUUUUGUAAAAUGGUAAGGGAUUAUCAAAGGGUGACUAUCCUUACAGCUGUUACAUGCUCAAAAAAGUUUCUGUUUAUCAGAGAUUAAGGUCUUUAAAAUAAGAUAAAAGAUCAUUUAAAAGUAGUAAUUCAGACCCAACUGGACUAUAGGGCAGACUUUACUAGGGCAUACUUUACAAUUUCUUCAUAAAAUACAUCACAAAUUGUAUUGUUGGGUGUGAUAAAUGGUAUAGCAGUUAAAGACCUCCCCAACAAUCAUCCCAUAAAAGGACUGCAAAAAAUGCUGAGUUGUUAAUAUCAACAUUCAAUGGAAAAUAUUGUGAGUGUAUUUAAAUUACAUUUAUCCUGCUGCUUGAGAAUAUAUGCCUUUUUUUUGCCUAAAGGGACCAUCUCCUAUCUUUUUUGUAGAUUCAUUUGUAGAUAUUGGCAAAAAAGCAUGCAGAUAUUCUCCUAAUUUAAGUAACUUCUUAAAUCUGAGAUAAUUCUGCAAUUUAAGAUUGGUAAUAUUCCCAACUGUAUGUGUGAUGCACUAGAUUUUCAAACUGGAAAAAAACAAGGGGAAACUGAAAAACUGGGUUUUUGGGGUUUUUUUGAAUAUAAUUUUACCUCAUGCUCUGAAAAGAUUUGAUGUUCUCAUUAUUUUGUGAAUGGUGCUAAUUUGCAGCAUCUGCCUGUGGUACAGCCAAAGAUGGAAGCAUUCCUGUCAAAAAAGCUUUAAACUGAAAAACCUCUUAGUGAGUACUGGUAAAGUAACAGACACACUGGGUCCUGUCACAAUAAUUUUUGAGUUAUCUUCAGAGUUGGUUUGUUGUUGUUUUGUUGGGGUUUUUUGUUUUUGGUUUUUUUGUUUCUGUAUUGGAAGAAAUUUGAAAUACCCUUUCUAAAGGUAAAAGCAAGUUUUUGCUAUUGGUCACAGAUAAAUAAUAUACCUCUGUUGGUUCAAGCUUUAUACUAUUGCUCUGCAAUAUUUAUUUAUAUCUAUUUAUUAGACUGUUUAGAGAGGGUAAGAGUGUCUGGUUACAUUUUACAGUUUGGAUGUUCUCUGAUUUUGAUUGAAAAAUGUAUAUUUCUAACAGCUGUGUACAGCAAGACUGUGCAUUGUGGAGUAGACAGCUUUAUAGAUUUGGUACUUAAUUAGCAAUAAAAUAUGAAUUAAGAUUUUAAACAAUAUUCUCAGUGACCGUAACUUGAAGGGAUACCUUUAAAACACAGCAUUCAGGGCUUUAACUUAUAUUUUGUCUUCCAUCACAGCGAAAAGACAUAGAAGAAAUCCUUAAAUAUGUUACAAAAUAAGCACCAGACUUUUUUCCCCCCCCUCUCAUUCAUAGGCUAAGCAUACCUGAUCUUCAGAUGACAUUUUUACUGAGAUGGAUUGCAGUGAUUGAUUUUUUAAACUAAAACUCUAUUACUUAAGACUGACACAAAGUAGGAGAGGCAGAGCAGAAAUAAAUAUCUUAAUUUUCUCUGUUGAGAUCUGCUGGUAUUUCCAGUAUGGCAGAGGAAAUUUCUGGGUUUUAUCACUGUCCCCAAUCCUCCCUCAUGCAGUCCUGUAGAAAAAGACAGCCUAGGAAAUGUCAUAGUUUUCUGUGAAAGUCAUAAUGAUUUCAAGGUAUUUUUAAGAAGUUUGAAAGCAAAAUUCUUAGACCUUUGCACAGAAUUCUGCAGAAAUCUCCAGUUAUAUCAAAGAUUGGUUUUCUCAUCUCACUUUUACAAUUAAGAAGUCCAUUCACAAUAGUGUUGCUGUUGCAAAUAAGCCCUGAGAUUUCAGUUUACAGCAGAUGGAUACCUGUUCAGCUCUAAAACCAAACUCCAAAGGGUGCUUUCCCUAGAGCUUCAAAGAUUUGCAUUCUUGAGAGUAUCAGAGUCUACAGAAGCUGAGGGCCAUCAGAACUUUAUGGACAUCAAAAAAUAUUCUUUGCUAAAGAAGCACUUUUCUGGAUGCCCUGUGGUUGUUACACAUGUUCUGCCCAAAACUGGCUGCUCUUGGGUGGAAAAACCUGUCAGGCUACUGCUGCCCUGCCUGAUAUUAAGUACCUCACAAGAUUAAAUCCAAAAAUAAACUGUGCAAGUGAUUUAGAAAAUCAUAAACGCCUAAGUCAUUUAAAGCAGGUCUUUGUGUAUUGUGAGAGUAGAGAAGGGGGUUAAAAAAAGAGAAAAGCUAUGUGCACUGUUCUCAGGUCAAUUUCAUAUGGUUGGCUUCUACUAGAAAUGUAUUUAAACACUGGUUUGGUUAUCAGUUUUCUUGCUGCUCAAUAUUUUCUGUAACUUGGCUCACUAAUUUAUAACAGUUUUAUUCAUUUUUAAGUUCAUGGCACUGUUAUUUUGGGGUAUAAUGUGAUGUGCUGGAAUGUACUGACUGUGUCUAAAUGGGUUGGUUGUGAGAAAUUAUCUAUUUGAAAGAAUAAAAU